GGUGCUUAUAUCAUGUCUUUUCCUCAUGUAUUGUUAUGCUGGCAGGGAAUGGAAGGUGAAGAAAAGGAAAGGAAAAUGACAUGCUGGACUAGAAGGCACUGUUGGAAGUAAGUGAUUGUACACAAUGCAGAAGCCAUCUACUGAAAGCUUUAAACAUGAUUGGAUAGAUGUUUUGAACUACAGUCCCGAGCAAUCUCGAUUCUUUGACAAGAGAAGGCCAACUAUAAUCAAUCAUAAUUUGGAAGGGAGGUGGGCAAUAGCUUAUGAUUAUCACCUAACGUCAGUACGCUCUUUCAAGUCAGUUAAACUAAAGCUUUACUAGCUUAUGAAUUGAGUGAUUAGUUAGUUUUAACAACAUUUUUAUUGUUGGUUGGGUGGUCUAGUGUGGGAAUGCUGCUGGGUUGAUUCUUGAUAGCGGGUCAAAUGCUGCUUUGUUGCUGAAGUUCUGGAUCAAUAUACUAACUGCAUUGAACGCCAAUCGCUACCGCUUGUGUUGAAAUCUUUUGACGGCUUACAAGUUUCAACUAUGUUUUAUUGUGUUUGCCCUUUGAUGUUCCUAUUCCUGCAUCUUCUCUUAGUUGGAUGUAUGUAUAUAUAUAUGAAUAUGUUUAGUUUCCACCUAUAUGGAUAUGUUUAGUUUCCACCUAUAUGGAUAUGUUUACCGACAACCCAUUAAUUUUACUUUUGCUGACCUAUCUUUGAUUCUACCUAUUUAUUAAUUUAACGUUCAGUUCACG